CUCUCAAAUCGAGCUAAAGAUGUCUCCCAAAUUCGCAAUUUCAAUCCUGCUCUUCAGCUGCGUUCUUCUGGGUUUCGCAAAUGCUCAGCAAAUGCGGUAUCCCCAACACCGCCAGCAGACGAGAUACCAACAGGCGGGUCGCUACAAUUCACAGAGGGUUGGAACUCGUAAUUUGGAUGGUUCGGGAUCAGUACCUCCGAGUUUGCCCCCUCCGGAUCUAGGUCUCCCACCUGCUGGCGGUCCUUUAGAUGGCGGCGCUAUCAACCCGGAUUGCAUGCCCAAUCAACUGGCCAGCGGCAAUGUUGACAACAAGAAACCCAGACCGAGGCAUUAAAUGGACACAGAGGCCAAUCCAAAAUGGCAAUUCCACCAAUUCCAGUUCACCUUAUAAUAAUCACAUAAUAUCAUAUAAUAAUAGUUUUGGAUUGUAUUUAUUCGGUGGCAAUAAAAAAGUAUAAAAAUCUUUAAAGAGAAGUAAA